UUUGCUUCCUGCGCAUUCGAAGACCGCUGGAACUUUCUGAAACGUUCUUUUCCAUUAACAGCGACGGUGGCAGUGCCCAAGAGGUGCGAAAAUCAUUACUGUAAAGCCAUUGCUGACGAAGUAGAGACCUUUGGGACACAUACAAAUCUGACAUGGCUGUGGAAGCCGAGGCUGCAGCUGCUCCAGGAUUGGCCCUUUCUGACACCGACAUCAAUUGGGACAGGUUGGACAAGACAAGGUUUCAUAUUAUCGGGGCUAUACUGUUUACAGCCCAAAUAUCCUUGUUACAUCCUACAGCAGUUGUAAAGACUAGAAUGCAAGUAGCUGGUUCUGGUCUCUCUCACAUGCGUGGUAUUUCAGUAUUUAAACAGAUAUUGAAGAUUGAUGGUGUCCCUGGCAUCUAUCGAGGUUUUGGCACUUCUGCUAUCGGAUCGUUGCCUGGUAGGGUCUUGGCUUUGACAUCACUUGAAGUAUCAAAAAAUAUGAUGUUAAAAUACACUGAAGGUCUAGAUAUGGCUGAAGCAACACGAGUUGGCAUUGCAAAUGGAGUGGCAGGCAUGUUCUCAAAUUUAGUUUCUUGUGCGUACUAUGUGCCUUUGGAGGUGGUCGGCCAGAGACUAAUGGUACAAGGGCUUCCUGGGACGACAGUCUGUAAUGGACCAUUUGAUACUGUACGUAAAGUGAUAAAGGCUGAAGGGUUCCGUGGUUUGUAUAGAGGCUUUGGAUUGACAGCUGUGACACAGUCCCCAGCAGCCGCACUUUGGUGGGGUGCAUAUGGAGCUGCCCAACAUAUGAUUUGGAGAAGCUUGGACUACAGAGAUGAUAUGGACAAAAAACCAUCCCAUAUGGAGAUGGUGACAGUUCAGGCAACAGCAGGAAUGGUAGCUGGUGCUUGUUCAUCAGUUAUCACCACUCCCAUUGACACUGUAAAGACACGACUGCAGGUCAUGGAUAAUUAUGGUGUUGGAAGACCAUCAGUACUCAAGACAACGAGGGCACUCCUUAUGGAAGAUGGAUGGCGGGGCUUCUAUAGAGGGUUUGGACCUCGAUUCUUAAAUAUGUCACUCUAUGGAACAACAAUGAUUGUUACCUAUGAACUGAUAAAGAGAAUAUCCGUGAGGCAAUAAUCAGAUCUUGAGCUGGAGGCUGUGCAAGUUGUCUUGCGUUAACCCUGAUGAUGUUGUUUGAACUGCAAGGAAGCCGAUUCUGGCAAGUUUUUCCGCUGCAAGUUAUUCAAAUUCUGAAACUGAGGAAAUGGAGACGUCCCUUCAGGUUUUGUAUGACACCAUGGGAAUGCUUGAAAUGAUUGCUUAUUCUUCUCCUGUAUGAGGUCAUUGGAUUGUAAAUCAUUGACCCAAAAAGAACAUCGUGUUACUUGAAACGAUUUUUGUAAGACCGCUGGUUAUUACACCAUGAAUAAAAGUACAAUUCAGCCA